UCUCUCCUCAUCUGGUUCUCUCCAUCCCCUCCCUGCCUGCACUCGGACCCCACCGACCUUGUGAAGCUUGUCUCUCCCCACGGCUGUUGUCUCCCAGGGGGCCUCCAUCUCUGUCUGUCUGUCUGUCCCUGGGUCCCACUCACUGUCCGCUCUGUUUCCUGCCUCACCUUCAUGUCUCUCCUUCACCUAUUGCUCCCCCUGUCCAUCUGUCUCCGCUUCUCUCCAAUUCUUUGUCCACCUGCCUCACCCGUCCUGUCCCCCACGGGCCCCCCACCCCAUCUCUGUCUAUUCUGGGCCUCACUCAGUCCUUACGUCCCUGUGGACACGUCUCCCCACCUUCCUUCCUCCCCUGCUCUCUCCAAGUGCCCCCACCGAGCCCCAGUCUCCCCACCUCGGCCGGGGCGCCUCUCCCACCCUCUCCCCGUCCAGGGUGGACCCAUUGGACCGACUGGCCAACGGAGGCCCCACCCUGCCCCCCCGCUUGCCCACUGGCACCCCCAUCUCUCUGGGGACUUUCUCUCCCUCACUUUCCCUACCCCCCCACCAGCCUCUCUCUAUGCAAAUCCCAAGGGGAGGGGGGACAUUUGCCUGGCUCCCGCCCCCCACUUCCUGUCCCGGUGGGGGAGUGGGGGUGAGUGGCGGGGCUGCUCUCACACAUGAACACAGAGAGCGGCUGGUGGUCACAGCUGCAGCCGCCUCUGCCCCGCCGACCCCAACCACUUCGAGACUCAGGUGGCGGAAGGCACCCCUGACAUGCCCUUGUGUGUCUCCCCCUCCAGGCUUGAGGGGCCACACUUCAGCUGUCUGUACCCGGAUGGAGUCUUCUACGACCUGGACAGCUGCAAGCACUCCAGCUACCCUGACUCAGAAGGGGCCCCUGACUCCCUGUGGGGCUGGACUGAGGCCCCGGCUGUCCCUGCCACCUCCUAUGAAGUCUUCGACCCAGCUGUGGUCACCUUCGGCCACCCCCAGGAUGUCCAGCUCUGUUACGGACCCUCCUCGACCUACGCCCCUGUGGGGAGCCUGGAGUCAGCCACCAGCCUGGAGGCCCCAGGGCCCGGCUUCCCAGCCUACCCCACGGAGGACUUCCCUGGCCAGACCCUGGGUCCCCCGGCCUAUGCCCCGUACCCCAGCCCCGUGCUGUCAGAAGAGGAGGAUCUCUUGCUGGACAGUCCCGCCCUGGAGGUCUCGGACAGCGAGUCGGAUGAAGCCCUCGGGGCUGGCCCCGAGGGCAGGGGAUCCGAGGCAGGCGCCCGCAAGAAGCUGCGCCUAUACCAGUUCCUGCUGGGGCUGCUGACUCGCGGUGACAUGCGCGAGUGCGUGUGGUGGGUGGAGCCAGGAGCCGGGGUCUUCCAGUUCUCCUCCAAGCACAAGGAGCUCCUGGCGCGCCGCUGGGGCCAGCAGAAGGGCAACCGCAAGCGCAUGACCUACCAGAAGCUGGCCCGCGCCCUGCGCAACUACGCCAAGACCGGCGAGAUCCGCAAGGUCAAGCGCAAGCUCACCUACCAGUUUGACAUUGCGCUGCUGCCAGCCGCCCGCCGGGCCUGAGCCCCGCGGGGCUCUGGGGGCUGUUGGGCUCCACGCUGGUAUCACGUUGGUGUCCCCUCACCCUAGGUCAUAGGACCCGUGGAUCCCCCACUCUGUGGGGGUGGGGGGGCUGCCAUAACCCCUAAGCCCUGCCCAGGGCCCCUCUGGGAUUCCCUGGUCGUGUCCAGGGUCCCCAGGAUCUUCAGGGCUUGGGUCGCAGGACCCAUCGAUGACUAUGUGGGGUGGGGCGGGGCAGUGCUCCCAGAACCCCAAGAGCUUCUCCGGGAUCUCCUUGUCUGACGUCCCCCAACCAGGCUGGGGACCUCGCUGAGAUCUCUUGUAUGUCUGUGAUCCCUCAGUCCCACGUGGGGGAGGGGGAGGCCACAGGUUUUCACACCAGAAGGGGGAACUGCCAGCCACCGAAAGCCCUGUCCAGGGUCUCUGAGAUCCCUGCUCACGAGUGAGUCCCUCCUGUCAAAUCUGGGAUCUUCUGGUUAUGACUGGGGCCUUCUGGGACCCCUGUAUCAUGUCUCAGAUUGCCGUGCCCAGCUGUGACUCUCGUCCUCUCUGUCCCCUCAGAUCUCUUGGUCAUCAUCUUUGAGAUCCCGUAAUUUGUCUGGAAUUGUUCUUCUCUUUUUUUUUGGUGUGUGUUUGGAAUUCUCCAGUCACGUUUAGGGAGACUCUCUGGCUUCUUCCCAUUGUGUCUGAAAGCGAUGGUCAGGUCUGCGGUGGGUCAUGGAACCUCAUGGAACCCUGGCUGUCUGUGCCACCUCCGGCCUCCCCUUGUCUGCUGAGAUUCUCCAGUCACAUCUGUGCCCCCACAAUGGGAUUUCCACUUGAUAUGCCCUUUUCGGGGCCCCACCAGCGGCCCUGAGUUGUCAUGGCAACCCCCCUCUCUCCUGGGGUGUCCUCUGUUGGCCCAUGCCCCGGGCGGGAGGGUCAUUCUGGCCACUCAGCUGCUUUCUGGGUGACCUUGCCCCCACCAUCACUGUCAUUUCUAACCACAGGUCCCAAACUGGUGACUCCGCACCCCAUGCCUUACCCCUCACGGGGCAAAUCAGGUCCCCCCCCCCAUGAUCUUUUCUUUAGUUCACUUUACAGUUUUAUUUUUGUUUCUUUUGAAUGGGGGAUCCAAAUGAGCCAAUAUUUUAAUAGAGGUUUCCACGAAAUCCUUCACUUAAAACUUUGCACAACCCAGUGACCAGCUUUGCGGUGUGAAGAGAGGCUGGACCAAGGCGUGGCCCUACCAAUGGGCCUCUGUCCUCCAGCCCAUCCUGGACCCCAAGCCCCUCAGCUGUCAUGCCCUGGCGACUUCUUUCAGUUGCCUUGGCCCUGGACCAUUUGCAUUUCAACCCCUGGUGUGACCCCAGCUGGAGGUGAAGUCUGGCUGGACUGUGGGUGUUCUGAUUAAAGACCCGCUCCUCCCGGGCUUCACAGUCAGAGGCUGCUGCUGAGCGGAGUCCAGGUCCCUGAGCCUGGGUGGCUGGGGGACCUCAGGUCAAACGUUGCCUCUGGGCUUCCAUCAUCCCUUCUGUGAAAGGGAGUCCUGCCCGGAAGUCCGUUGCAGCCCCUGUGGGCGGGCCUGUGAUACAUCUGAAAUCCACCCCCCACCCACUGCUGGCCAGGGGGGCGAGGAAGGAGAAACUCGGACCGGGAAGUGGAAAAGAUCCUCACAGGAGCAGGAAAUGGCUGGGAGCAGAGCCCAGGCUGGGACUUGCCCUGGAGAGAAGGACAGCCCCCCUCCCUACAUGGGGGGAGGGGACAAAAUGUCCUCCCCAGGGCCUCUUGCAAAUGAGCUAGUUACCUUUUGCAAAAACUAUCAUCACCCCAAGCAUGGAAUGGAAUUAAAUAAAGUAAAAUAAAAUAAAACAAAUCAA